UUACGAUGUGAUCGUCAAGGUCACAAGUUCUGUCAAGUCACUAAUCGCGGCUUUCCGCUCGAUUAGUACAAUACAAAUAAAAAUAUUCUAUAUUAUUUGUAUUAUAAAGUCUGGCUGCGAAAUCGUUUCGCAUUUUCAAAUAGUACUUAUGGUGAUUUCGCACUCAGUCAGUUGGAUCCACUCGUUCGGUUAGGUAGGGUUCAAUUACAGCUGAAGCGCUUCAGAUAAAUUUAAAUUUUAUUAUCUUUCCGAUCGAAGUGAAGUGCAGGAAUAAUUGGUGUUAAUAAGGAAAUACUUUAAAUAACUCGAAAUCGUUUUGCGUCUCACAGAUCAUCGAAUACUUCAGACAGUGUUGUGAAAUAUCGUGCUGUGAUAUAACUUUCAAUUUCAAAUUCUGUGAACUGUUAUAAUGGGACUCCUGUCUGAGGGUAGUCCAUUAUCUUGGGAAGAGACCAAAAAAUAUAGCCAACAUGUACGCGAGCAUGGUAUUCAACAAUUUAUUAAUCUCUACAAGAGACUGAAAGACAGACAAGGGGAUGUUUUAAAAUGGGGCGAUGAAGUUGAAUACAUCAUAGUGAAAUUUAAUGACGAAAGGCAAGAAGCAAAAGUUAGUUUGAGAGCUAAAGAAAUUCUGGCUAUUCUGACAGAAAAAGAACAAGCGGAUCCUUUAAGCUGUAAAUCUUUGUGGAGACCAGAAUAUGGAGCUUACAUGGUUGAGGGAACACCAGGUAAACCGUAUGGGGGUCUAUUGGCACAUUUCAAUAUUGUUGAGGCUAACAUGAAGAUGAGAAGAGAAGAAGUAACUCAGCUUUUGAAGGAAAAUGAAUGUGUUAUGUCUAUCACUAGUUUCCCAAGAUUGGGCUGUGAAAAUUUCACAGAACCUCCUGUCAAAACAACUCCGGAUGAGGGUUGUACCAGAUCAUUAUUCUUUCCAGAUGAGGCAAUUUAUUCUGGACAUCCUAGGUUCAAGACAUUGUCAAAAAAUAUACGUAUGAGGAGAGGUCAAAAAGUUUCUAUGAACUUGCCUAUUUUCAGAGAUAAAAAAACUGUGAUCCCCGUAGAUGAUUCUUACAAAUAUUCAAAAGCUGCCCUGCCUGAUCAUGUAUAUAUGGAUGCGAUGGGCUUUGGCAUGGGCUGCUGCUGUUUACAACUCACAUUUCAGGCCUGUAACAUUAAAGAGGCAAGGACUCUUUAUGAUCAACUCACUCCAUUAUGUCCUAUAAUGUUGGCAUUUACUGCUGCCUCCCCAGCACACAGGGGGUUCCUCACAGACGUCGAUUGCCGGUGGAGCAUCAUCGCAGCGUCCGUCGACUGCAGGACAGACGAGGAGAGGGGGUUGAAGCCGCUGAAGGAGAACAAAUUCGUGAUCAAAAAAUCUAGGUACGAUUCCAUAGACUCCUACCUGUCUCCGCAGGGGGAGAAAUUCAACGAUAUUCCCUUGAUCUACGACCAUGAGGUGUAUCAAAAGUUGAGGGACAACGACAUAGACCACCUUCUAGCCCAACACAUCGCCCACCUCUUCAUAAGGGACUCCCUGGUGCUUUUCUCAGAGAAGGUCAACCAGAAUGAUGAAGAGGACACGGAUCAUUUCGAGAACAUCCAGUCGACCAACUGGCAGACCAUGAGGUUCAAGCCCCCGCCUCCCAACUCGACGAUUGGUUGGAGGGUGGAGUUCAGGCCGUGCGAGGUCCAACUGACCGAUUUCGAGAACGCGGCCAUCGUGUGCUUCGUGGUUCUACUGACCAGGGUCAUCCUGUCCUACCAGCUGGACUUCCUGAUACCGAUCAGCAAGGUGGACGAGAAUAUGGUAAACGCGCAGAAGAGGAACGCCUGCGCGGAGGGUCUGUUCUGGUUCAGGAAGGACAUCACCACUCAAGUAAGCCCGCCUGAAGCCAGCGAAGUCUGUCAGACGAGCAAAAGUGGGCAAAACCUAUGCGACAGUUAUGCCAAGAUGACCGUGAACGAGAUCAUCAAUGGGAAAGAGGGAGAGUUUCCAGGUCUGAUACCAUUGAUAAAUAAUUACCUAAGCAGUAUGGACGUGGACGCAGAUACACAUUGUACAAUACAGCAAUACCUAAAGUUCAUCCAAAGAAGAGCAUCAGGAGAAAUACUCACCACAGCUUCCUGGAUAAGGAAGUUUGUAACUGAACAUCCUGACUACAUGCAAGACUCAAAAGUGACCGAGUCCAUAAACUAUGAUCUGUUGAAAACCAUAGAUGCAAUACAGUCUGGCAAAAUGAAAUGUCCAGAGCUGCUAGGAACAAGCGUUAUUUCCAAGACGAGGGAAAACAUCCCAGCAGCAAUGACGAAGGACUCUUGCGCUUAAUAAGUGCCACACGUUUUAUUUAAUUUUUUCACUUAAAAGUUUACGUCUGGUUACGUGAACUAGAAAAUAGAAUUUUCUCAGUAUUCCAAGAAUAACAAAGGGCAUUUUCAUAAAUAUUCCUCUAUUGUCAAUUUCUAUUUUGUUAAUGUUUUUUAAAUAUUUUAGCUUAAAAAUAUAGGUGAGUGGUUUUUAUGAUUAAAUUGAUUUUGAAAAA